CUCCAGCCUGGGCAACAAAAGCAAAACAGUGUCUCAAAAAAAAAAAAAAAAAAAAGAAUCUACAUAUUAUUAGAACUAACAAGAGUUUAUGAAGUUUGCUGGAGAUGAGGUCGAUACAGAAAACCAAUAGUUUCACUGCACAUCAACACAGAGAUAUAAUUUAAUACCAUCUGUAAGCUGCCUUGUGCUUUUUCUAACAAAAUAUUCAGAAGGGAAAUGACAUUUCAAGGACAGUUAAAAAAUAAAUCCAAAUUAUCAGUCAUCUCCCUCAUUUAAUCUGUAACAUCAAUACAGUACAAAAAUAAAGUCCUCCAUAAAGUUUAAGGAGGACUUUAUGAAAUUAGAAAAACUGAAAAAUUAACCUGGAAAAACAAAGGUCCAAGAAUUGUCAAGACUGUUUUGGAAAUGAACAAGAGGGCGGUCAUGCAAUCAAUUAACUAGACUUAAUUUUUAUAGCAGUAAUAAAUUCAAAAUGUGAUGUUGGCUUAUGGAUAGACAAGUAGAUUAAAAAUAAAACAGAAAAGAAGGGCCAGAAACAGAUUCAGGCACAUAUAGAAAUUUGGUAUAAUAAAAUAGAGAACAAUUGUAUUCCCAGAUGGAAAAAUUAUAUAGUGUAUAUUACACUAUACCAUACACAAGAAUAAAUUCCAAUUAAAGAUCAAAAUGAGAAAAGCUACCUUCAAAACUUCUAGAAUAAAAUAUAGACUGCCUUUAACCUUAGCUAGAUAGGAUUUCUUAAAGAAGACAUACAAAUAACUCAUAAAGAACUGUUUGACUAGAUCAAAAAUGUUAACUUUUAUUAGAGAAAAGUUAUUAACAAAGUUAAAUAUAUAUAAUAGAAUUCAUAUCUAGAGUAUAUAAAGCUACUAUAAUGCAAUAAAAAAAUAGCUCCACUUAAAAAUAUGCGAAGGUUAGGAACCAACAAUUCAUGGGGGAGAAAAUCCAUAUGUUGAACAGGCAGAUGAAAAGGCACACAACAUUGCUAGUAAUUGGGGAAAAGACAAUUUUAAAAAAAUACCAUUUUAUGUCCAUUGGAAUAGUAACUUUUUAGUAUAUGUAUUUCAUAUAGCAUGUAUAAAUGGCAUGUAUAUAUAUGCAAGGUAAUAGGAAAAUAGGAAUUAUCAUAUAUUGCUAAUGGAAGUAUAAAUGGAUAGAAGUGUUUGAGAGAGAAAUUUGUUAAUAUAAAAUAAAAUUUAAACAAAAUCAUUUAUAAGCCCUAGAAAAUCGACUUCUAGAUUUAUAGCUUAGAAAUUCUUACAGGUGUAUACCAAGAGACAUGUACAAAGACACUUAUUGCAGUAUUGUUUGUAGAAAAACUGGAAGCUACAUAAUUACCUUUCAGUAGAGGAAUUGAUGAAUAAAUUUGAUUAUUCAUUCAGUGAGAUACUUUUUAGUAAAUGAACUUCAUCUAAGUAUAUGAACAUGGAUGGAACUCAAAAACAAUGUUGAGUAAAAAAACAAUUGUAGAAUAUAUACAAAGUAAUGGAAUUUACAUAAAUAUUUAAAAGCUUCACAGAACAGUGUAUGUUGCCUAUAGAUUUUUGUGUAUCUAAUACAAGGAACAACUUGAAGUAACAACCGGAAAGUUUACACACUGGAUUAACGGUAGUUUCCUUUGAGAAGGUAGGGAGGGGUAUAAGGUUAGCGAGAAAAAAAGGGGGACUUAAACUUCUAUAUUGUUCUAUUAUGUUUAACUAUAAAGUAAAAAUAAUCAAGGGACUAAAUUAAGUGAUUCCAGGGUCCUCAUCUACCAGAAGGGCUUUCAUUUUUCUUUCUAAUUCUGUCUUUUAAAACAGUGGUCCCCAACCAUUUUGGCACCAGGGACCAAAUUCAUGGAAGACAGUUUUUCCACAGAUGGAGGGCUGGGGGAGAUGGUUUGGGGGAUGAUUCGAGCUCAUAACAUUUAUAGUACAGUUUACUUAUGUUAUUAUUACGUUGUAAUAUAUAAUGAAAUAAUUAUACAACUCACCAUACUGUAGAAUCAGUGGGAGUCCACUUGUUUUUCUGCAGCUAGAUGGUUAUCCCAUCUAGGGGUGAUGGGAGACAGUGACAGAUCAUCAGGCAUUAGAUUCUCAUAAGUACCAUGCAACCUAGAUCCCUCAUAUGCACAGUUCACAAGAGGGUUCACAGGUUCCUAUGAGAAUCUGAUGUUGCCACUGAUCUGAUAGGAGGCAGAGCUCAGGCUGCUUGGCUGCUCAACUCCUGCUUUGUAGCCCGGUUCCUAACAGGGAUGAGAGUUGGGGACCCCUGCUUUAAAAGGCUAUCAUUUAUAUGUAUCUUUUAGAGCUUUACCAUUAUACAUUACAUGUAUCUUUUAGAGCUUUAUCAUUACAUGUAUAUUUUAGAGGAUGGUAGAUAUAACUAUCCUCCUUAGAUAAUCCCAUAGAAUAGUCAGUUACUGGUAGAAUGAAAAUAUGUUGAGAUCUAUAUGUUAUAAAAUAAACAUUUCAUUUUCAUACUAACUUAUAUAAAAACUCAUUCUUAAGUGGUCCCAGUCUUUCCAAGGGCUUUUCUUAAUCUAGGGUACUGAAUUUUUUUUGUCACUUAUUCAUUCAACAGAUUUUAUUGAACUCCAUAGAUGUACCAGAUGAUAACACAGCAGUGGGCAAUACAGACAAAGUCUGCUGUUAUGAAGUUUAAGUUCUAGUCAAGGAAGAUAGCUGCAAAACUGUACAAUCUAAAGUGGACUGCAUUUUGCAAGAAGUUGAGAAGUUUACAGACCUAGAGAAACUCUACCUCUACCUUCAGCUGCCUUCUGGUCUCAGCAAUGGAGAGAAAAGUGAUCAGAAUGCCAUGUCAUCUAGUCGGGCACAACAAAUGCACGCCUUUUCCUGGAUUCGGAAUACCCUAGAGGAACAUCCUGAGACUUCACUGCCCAAACAGGAAGUCUAUGAUGAGUACAAGAGCUAUUGUGACAAUCUUGGUUACCAUCCAUUAAGUGCUGCUGAUUUUGGAAAGAUCAUGAAAAACGUCUUUCCAAAUAUGAAGGCACGUCGUUUGGGCACAAGAGGCAAAUCUAAAUAUUGCUACAGUGGACUAAGAAAAAAAGCUUUUGUUCAUAUGCCAACACUGCCCAACCUUGACUUUCACAAAACUGGAGACGGGUUGGAAGGAGCCGAACCUUCUGGGCAGCUUCAAAAUGUAGAUGAAGAAGUUAUCUCUUCUGCUUGCCGUCUUGUGUGUGAAUGGGCCCAGAAAGUGUUAAGCCAACCAUUUGACAACAUCUUGGAAUUAGCCCGCUUCCUUGUAAAAAGUCACUAUAUAGGCACCAAGUCAAUGGCAGCUCUAACUGUAAUGGCAGCAGCACCAGCAGGAAUUAAAGGAAUUACCCAGCCUUCUGCUUUUAUACCUACAGCUGAAAGUAAUUCCUUUCAGCCUCAGGUGAAGACUUUGCCAUCUCCAAUUGAUGCUAAACAGCAGUUGCAACGGAAAAUCCAAAAGAAGCAGCAAGAGCAGAAACUACAAUCCCCUUUGCCAGGAGAAUCCUCAGCAAAAAAAUCAGAAAGUGCUGCAAGCAAUGGAGUAACUAAUAUUCCUAAUGGAAAUCCUUCAAUCCUUUCUCCUCAACCUAUUGGUAUCGUUGUGGCAGCUGUCCCUAGUCCCAUUCCGGUCCAGAGGACUAGGCAAUUGGUAACUUCACCGAGUCCAAUGAGUUCUUCUGAUGGCAAAGUUCUUCCUCUCAACGUACAGGUGGUCACUCAGCACAUGCAGUCUGUGAAGCAGGCACCAAAGACUCCCCAGAACGUUCCAGCCAGUCCUGGUGGAGAUCGUUCUGCCCGGCACCGUUACCCUCAGAUCUUACCCAAACCAGCCAACACCAGUGCACUCACCAUUCGCUCUCCAACUACUGUCCUCUUUACUAGUAGUCCCAUCAAAACUGCUGUUGUACCCGCUUCACACGUGAGUUCUCUAAAUGUGGUGAAAAUGACAACAAUAUCCCUCACACCCAGCAACAGUAACACCCCUCUUAAACAUUCUGCCUCAGUCAGCAGUACUACAGGAACAACAGAAGAAUCAAGGAGUAUUCCACAGAUCAAGAAUGGUUCUGUCGUAUCACUUCAGUCUCCUGGGUCCAGGACCAGCAGUGCAGGGGGAACAUCUGCUGUGGAAGUCAAAGUGGAACCUGAAACAUCAUCAGAUGAGCAUCCUGUACAAUGCCAAGAGAACUCUGAUGGGGCUAAAGCUCCCCAAACACCUAAUGCCCUUUUGGGGCAGAAAAGUAAUACAGAUGGAGCACUGCAGAAACCUUCAAAUGAAGGUGUCAUUGAAAUAAAAGCAACUAAGGUCUGUGACCAGAGGACCAAAUGUAAAAGUCGCUGUAAUGAGAUUCUGCCAGGCACAUCAACAGGCAAUAAUCAAAGCACUGUCACUCUAUCAGUUGCUUCUCAGAACUUAACUUUCACCAGCACCAGCUCACCAUCUAAUGGUGACUCAAUCAAUAAAGACCCUAAAUUAUGCACUAAAAGCCCAAGAAAACGACUGUCUUCUACAUUGCAAGAAACACAGGUGCCUCCUGUAAAGAAACCAAUUGUGGAACAGCAUUCAGCAGCUACCACAGAAGGGCAGAAACAAGGCAGUGUUAAGAAGGACCAAAAGGUUCCACAUUCAGGGAAAACAGAAGGUUCAACAGCAGGUGCUCAGACUCCUAGCAAGGUAUCAGUAAAUGUCAAUUCACACAUAGGAGUGAAUCAACCCUUGAAUUCUCCUGCCCUUGUUAUCAACGAUUCAGCUUUGGAACAGCCAACAACUCCAUCAUCAUCUCCAGAUAUAAAAGUAAAACUUGAAGGAAGUGUCUUUCUCUUGGACAGUGAUUCAAAGUCAGUUGGCAGCUUUAAUCCAAAUGGAUGGCAACAAAUCCCUAAGGAUUCUGAGUUUAUAUCUGCCAGUUGUGAACAACAGCAAGAUAUCAGUGUUAUGACAAUUCCUGAGCACUCUGAUAUCAAUGACUUAGAAAAAUCUGUUUGGGAAUUAGAAGGAAUGCCACAGGACACAUACAGCCAGCAGCUACAUACCCAGAUACAAGAAUCUUCUUUGAAUCAAAUACAAGCACAUUCUUCAGAUCAGUUACCUCUGCAAUCUGAACUGAAGGAGUUUGAGCCUUCUGUUUCCCAGACAAAUGAAAGCUACUUUCCUUUUGAUGAUGAACUUACACAAGAUAGUAUUGUGGAAGAGCUGGUGCUUAUGGAGCAGCAAAUGUCAAUGAACAAUUCGCAUUCCUAUGGCAACUGUUUGGGAAUGACCCUUCAGAGUCAGUCAGUAACUCCAGGAGCUCCCAUGUCAUCUCACACCUCCAGCACCCACUUCUAUCAUCCAAUCCAUAGCAAUGGCACUCCAAUCCACACACCUACACCCACACCCACACCCACUCCUACUCCAACCCCAACCCCAACCCCAACAUCUGAAAUGAUUGCUGGAUCUCAGAGUCUAUCACGGGAGAGCCCUUGCUCCAGGCUAGCCCAGACUACACCUGUGGAUAGUGCUUUAGGAAGUAGCCGACAUACACCCAUUGGUACUCCACAUUCUAACUGCAGCAGUAGUGUCCCUCCCAGCCCUGUUGAAUGCAGGAAUCCAUUUGCAUUCACUCCAAUAAGCUCCAGUAUGGCAUAUCAUGAUGCCAGCAUUGUGUCAAGUAGUCCUGUGAAACCGAUGCAAAGACCCAUGGCCACACACCCUGACAAAACAAAGCUUGAAUGGAUGAAUAAUGGGUAUAGUGGGGUUGGUAAUUCAUCAGUUUCUGGCCAUGGCAUUCUCCCAAGCUAUCAGGAACUAGUGGAAGACCGUUUCAGGAAACCUCAUGCUUUUGCUGUGCCUGGACAGUCUUAUCAGUCUCAAUCCAGACAUCAUGACACUCAUUUUGGUCGUUUGACUCCUGUCUCUCCUGUGCAGCAUCAAGGUGCCACUGUAAAUAACACCAACAAACAGGAGGGUUUUGCAGUCCCUGCCCCUCUUGAUAAUAAAGGAACUAAUUCAUCUGCCAGCAGCAACUUCAGAUGCCGGAGUGUGAGCCCUGCUGUUCAUCGCCAACGUAAUCUUAGUGGAAGCACCCUGUAUCCAGUAUCUAAUAUCCCACGAUCUAAUGUGACCCCCUUUGGAAGUCCAGUAACCCCCGAAGUUCAUGUUUUCACAAAUGUUCACACAGACACAUGUGCCAACAACAUAGCUCAAAGAAGCCAAUCAGUUCCAUUAACAGUCAUGAUGCAGACAGCCUUCCCAAACGCUCUUCAGAAGCAAGCAAACAGUAAAAAAAUAACCAAUGUUUUGUUGAGUAAACUUGAUUCUGACAAUGAUGACGCAGUGAGAGGUUUGGGAAUGAACAACCUGCCCUCCAAUUAUACGGCCCGGAUGAAUCUCACUCAGAUUUUAGAACCUUCUACUAUUUUUCCUAGUGCCAACCCACAAAAUAUGAUCGAUUCCAGCACUUCUGUUUAUGAAUUCCAGACACCAUCUUACCUCACCAAAAGUAAUAGCACCGAUCAGAUCAAUUUUUCUCCUGGAGAAAAUCAAGCACAAUCAGAAAUUGGAGAGCAACAGUUAGAUUUCAAUAGCACUGUUAAAGACCUGUUGAGUGGAGACAGCUUGCAACCCAACCAGCAGCUGGUAGGUCAGGUAGCAUCUGAUCUCACUAAUACUGCAUCUGAUUUCUCUAGCGAUAUCAGGUUGUCUUCUGAGCUCUCAGGCAGCAUCAAUGAUUUGAACACUUUAGACCCAAAUCUACUGUUUGAUCCAGGUCGUCAGCAGGGACAAGACGAUGAAGCUACACUGGAAGAAUUAAAGAAUGAUCCAUUAUUUCAACAAAUUUGCAAUGAAUCCAUGAAUUCUAUGACUUCAUCAGGUUUUGAAUGGAUAGAAAGCAAGGACCAUCCUACUGUUGAAAUGUUGGGUUAAAUUGUGUUUUAUAAUAUGUAGCACACUGUAUCUAAAGACAUAUGUAUUGUAUUUGUCUUAAUGGAAGUGCCUCCCGCAGCAGAAAUACUAUUAAUUGUGACAUUAUAAAAGCGUUUGCUGCAGAAGUGGUUUCUUCUUCAGUAGGAAAUGGUUAGACUUGCCUCAGUUCUUAACAAGUGUCUAAAGACAGUAGUCUGUAGAAGAACAAGUAUUAGGUUUUAAAUUUUAUAACGUGCCCCAUUUAAUCACAUUGUUUGCUAGUAAACAAUUGACUAUCCAGCUGUUACAAGAGCAGUCAAUCUUUAUUUUGUGUAAGUUGGUUUUAUCAGUUGAUCUGCACAGAACUCAGAAUAAACCAUCAAUUUUAGAUAUAGGCUAUUUUGUUGUUGGCAUUAUCUUUUAGAUAUAAAAUCAUAGCUAAGGUGAACUGUAGACAAGAAGGUCUUCCUUGAAACAGGGAUAAUAUUCAGGUUAUUAUAAAUAUUUAGGCUUGAAGCAUAGAGCUACUGUAGGAUGAAAUCUCUGUAGGACUUUCUGGGGCUUCAGUACCAUUUAUACACCCAUGAUGAAGGGCUUAAAUAGGAGAAAAUAACAGAAAAUUAAAUAUUACUUUAAGGAAAGCAAAGCUGCACUAAAAUUUUUAAGAGAAGCAAGUAGCCAUUUAUAUUUGUGACCCUGCAUUAAUAUUAUUUGUAAGUGUUGAUUUUAAUACGGAGCUAGCCCACAUGGAUGCGCAGGCACGCACACACAAAAUAAGUACAUGUAAUUCAACAUUUGUAAUAUAAUAAAUACAAGCAUGUUAGAAAAAUGCUUUAUGUUUUGUUGAGGCAGGGGAAUGAGAAGGAAAACAAAAGCAUUCUCUUCGUUUCAUCACAAUGGCUGCAUGUACUUAUUGAGAUUCUAAUUGAGAUUUAUUUUGAAAUUUUUCAUUAAAAUAUAUCUCAGUAAUCAAUUUUUUCCUCUUCAGUUGAGUGACUGAUGCCUUCACUCCUCUUGAAUAUAGUAACAUAGUUUGAUCGUAGGAUCCCUUUGAAAAACAAGCAGGAAGGAGGAUAACAUAAAAAACAGCAAAAAACAUUUCACCACCUAAGGUCUGAAGCCACAUAUCUUUGUAUCUCUGAUGAAACAAAGGGGAUAUCAAUAGUACUUGAAGAAGAGGAGCAUUUUAUUACUUGCUUUAUUUAUUUAUUGUGAUAACCACAAUUGCAAAUGAAGAACUCAGGAUUUGUUUUAAAAUGUUUCUCUCUAUGGCUCCCUUUUUUUUGUGAAUAAUUAUUUAUGAGUUGCAUAUUGACACAAAUCUUCUCACUGGUUGAAAGCUCCAUUUAAGUGAGUAUCGAGAUCACUUUCAAAAAGAUUUUUAAAUUGCCAUUGUUUUUAAAGCUAACAAAAAACCAUUUGCUAUGCUACCUUGAACCUAGCUAAGCUUUCCUUUAUCUUAGUAAGCCAAUCAGAAGACUACAAUCAAUGAAUACUUAGCAAAUGUGCUGAAGAGUUUAAUUUAAUAAGGUUUUGUUGUUCAAUAAAUUUGCAAAGUAGGGUAUUAACAUAUUUUGAUAAAUAAAUGGUGCUAGAGUUGGCGCAGAGGUUUAUAAAUUGAUAUGUCUUAGUUAUUGGCAUUUGUGUGUGUUUGCUGUUAUCCUGAUUUAAUGAUUUGUUAGGUACUUUUUUCUUGAUGCUAAUUAUUUCUUCACUGUACAUUGAGACAGAGCACUACUGCACACCAAAGUAUGCAAUACCCAAAGGAAAUUGUGUGAUUUCUUCUAACAAAUGAUGGGAGCCUUUCUCUAUGAGAUACUCUGAAAAGGAGAUUUUGAGGCCAUUCUAAUCCCUUGUUUACAUUAUUAGCUUCCUACUAAUAUAAAAAUAAUGGAAAUCUUUUUUGAUAAAAAUAUAAAGACUGGAGGAUUUUUAACCCCCUGUACAGUAUUGCAGCAAACUCUUUAAAUUUGGUUGAAUUCGUCCAGCAAACUUUUUGGGGUUCCUAUAUUGCACUAAAUUUGUUGAACCUGUGGUAGGCACAUCUCUUAGGAUAAAUGCAACCAAUACAGUCCACAGAUUAAACUUUUUAAAUGUGUUUCAUUAUGAAAAGACAAAAUGUCAUCAAAGUGACAGAUAAAAUUGUCUUAUGUAGCAAUGUGCAUUGAUCUCAAUGAGAUAUUUCUAUUAUUCUCUUACAUGAGAAUAUUACAGCAGGAAGAAUUAAGUUUAGUUUGCUUCACCAUGUUAAUACAUGAUCACAAAAUGUGCAUGAGUGUUAUUGACUUAUCUUGUACAGUACUAGGAUUCCUGUAACCACUCUUUUUUUUCUUCGCUGUAUUGAAACUGGUUCACUGUUAACCAGGCAAGCAUAGUUAUUCACAGGUUGUUUACUUUAUGUUUACUAAUUCUGCUUAGUUAUUGUUGAACAUGUUCUGUUCCAGAUUAUUUUUUAUUGUUUUGAUGUUUAAAACAUUUUACAUACUGUUUAUCAUAAGACUUCAUGAAGUAAAUAAUUUUGCAUAUAAUUGCAAUAAGCACUGACUUUUGAACUGAAAAGAAGGAAAGUGUUUUUUCGUGCAGUGCAUUUGAGGUUCAUAUAAUAGUCUUGUACUAUAAUGUGCUUUACUACACGAUAAAUGACAAAAACAAGCCCUGUUUCAUGUUUCAUUUAGUGCAAAAAGUCAGAUUUCCCCAGUGUUUUGUUGUCUGUUGUACCUGCUGAAACUACAGUAGUUGAAUAUUGCGGUAGCAUUUCAGUUCUCUUUUUUUAUUAAAAGUGCUUAAAAAUUGUUUUUUAAAUGUUUUCAAAAACAAUUAAAAACAUUUUAUAUUAAA